AGCAGGCAUGAGAAGAUUUACAGAAGAACGCCGACGGACUUGACAGGGAUCGUUUCUUAACAUUACUGUGCUUUUGUUUUUACUCUGGAUUCAUCAGAUCAGACAUAAUGUCUGAUGAUCUCACAAGCAGCGAGGAAUCUGAUUAUUCUGUUUUCGAAAAUAAAAGUGGAUUAGCCGAAGACAUGAAGUUCCUGGCAAGCAUGCCCGAGUUGUGUGACGUCACCUUUCUGGUGGGUGAAACUAGGGAGCCUGUGUGUGCCGUGAAAGCCGUCCUUGCAGCCCGCAGCAAGGUUUUCCACAAGAUGUUGUACGGGCAGCGACAACAACAGCCCGUCCGAGAACCUUCUCCAAAGAAACGGGAUUCAAUUAAGGACACUAAGCUCAGGCUUUUCUUGAAACGAAGUAGUGAGCCAAACAUCACUGUCCAGGCCCCACCGCCUGUAGCUAGUGGACAUCAGACCCUAAUUGUUGAAGAAUUCGAACCCGACGUCUUCCGUCAGUUGAUUGAAUAUAUUCAUACUGGUUGUGUAAUGUUACAAGCUCGUACUCUACUAGGUCUUAUGAAUGCGGCUGAUUAUUAUGGUUUAGAAGAACUGCGGAGAGCAUGUAUGGGUUUUGUACAAAGUUGUAUUAAUGUUGAUACUGUGUGUGCCCUACUAGCAUCAGCAGAGAAGUACAUCCAAUACAAGUGUACUAAGUCUUUAGUUCAGAGGGUUUUAGAGUUUGUGGACAACCAUGGGAACGAAGUGCUCAGCCUCGGCUCCUUCGCACUGCUUCCUCUUCAUGUAGUGAGACUUAUCUUAUCCAGAGAAGAGUUAAGAGCCGACGAGAUGACUAAAUUCCAGGCAGCGAUGCACUGGAGCCGUCGCUACUGUGACAGUAUGGGAAAUGUUGACUUACGUGAGACCAUCGCUAACUUCAUUGAAUAUAUCGAGUUUUACAAAAUUCCAGCGAGUGUGCUAAUCAAGGAAGUCCAUCCUGUUGGAGUUAUACCAGACCACGUGAUUAUGAAUGCACUAGCUUAUCAAGCCGACCCAUCGAGUGUGGAUGUGAAUAAACUUAGCUCUCCUAACCGUUUCCGACGAGCCAGUCUCCAGCCUAACUUACUCCGCUCCACAGGUCUUGAUCACGCUGCUAUGGCUAGUGUUGCUGCUGCUGGUCCAAUCGUGGAGAGUCCCGAAGAAAACCGCCCGAGACAACCAGGACAGAAACGUAGACUUUAUAAAAGAAGUAACACUCUCGCUGAAAGAUAAUCUAGCUCUUCACUAACCUGUCUUGUAACACGUGUAGUGUGAAAGCAGUCUUACUGUGAGUGUCUGUGAUAAAUAUUGUCUUACCUGACACAGGAACAGUGGAAGGUCGUGAUAAUUGUUGUAAUGUUAGAGUUCUAUCAGAUGAACGUUAGGACUUCCAUCAACAGUAGUCAUCUUGCAUGGCAUCAUUUUAUGUUUCCUACCUUUCCUAUGAAAUAAGUUUCUGUAAGAGAUAAAGAUUAGCAAAGUGGUAUAUUAACUCUAUACAGGUAAGCAGCACAGUUGCAUGAGGUACGAAAACUUUUAAAACACUUUUUUAUGCUAUUAGUUCAAAUCUACAUAUCUGGAUGCAUAAUUGAAUUUAUAAGAAUAUGACACUUGUUUGUAAUUUUAUAAAUUUCUAAUAUAAGAAAUACAGUUUCAAAAAACACCCAAGAAGUAUGCAAAGUUCGUUUGUAAGUUUUCCAAAGUAAUCUAAAGAGAAAAAAAUGGAAAAUUUGGAAGUUAUGAAUAUAAAAGCUACUUAUAUAACAGGUUAUAACUUUCUUUUAAACAUACACACAGGGUUAUUCUAAAGUAAUAAGUUACGCCCCACCCAUGGAAAGGGGUGAACUGUAGCAUCACAAAUGUUUUAUUUUUACCCAGAACAUUUGUGAUACUAACUUUUCGUGUGCUCCCACUGGGGGCGUUACUUUGGAUUAAUUCCUGCUGAAGGUGAACUUCAUGUCAGUUAAUUUUUUGAUGUAGUUAGCUAACAAUGUUUCACUCUAAAAGUUGUAUUCCAAACAACUUGUUUAUUUUCAUUUGUGAAGCAAUUAAAAUCAGUCUCGUUAUGUCUUAACUUGUGAAACGGCUGAAUCAGGUUUUUUGGCAAAGAAUGAGAUUUAUAUAGAGUGGGUAACGAAAUAAUCUUAUUUGUUGCGUUUUCAGCUACUACUUCGUAACAGAUGUUUUUAUUUGCCCUAAUGAGUAAACACAUUUAGGUUUAAAGACAUUUUUUUUGCAGAAUACAGGAUCGUCUCUAUCGCUUCACAAAACAAUGAUAUCAAGUCAAACAGUUUGUAAAAACAAGUAUCAACCUACUUGUUUUGCCUCUCGCAUCUUCGCGUUAUUACCUGGGCAAUGACGUCAACACUGCACUGUCAGAAAACACAAGCUCGAUUCUGAUUACCACAACACUCAGUUAAGUUAACAACCAAAUACACAGGUCUCUACUUCUCUGUAUCUGAAAAAGAAGUCAUAAGGGUAAUUAUUUUAGUUAGGGAACGUGCAUAAAUCAAUAUCUAGAACAUUCUGCAUACUAGAAAAAGACAGAAAGGAUCAUAGCUAUGUCAAUUUUUUUCAGUAUACUGUGAAAAAAACGUAAAAAUUUACACCAUUUCGUACUGCAUAUUAAGAAAAGAUAUAUAGGUUCAUAUCUGUUUUAGGCUUUUUCUUAAUAUUAAGGUAAAACGUAUAGUUUCACAUUAAUUUCGAAUGACUUCCUGAAUAGUAAGGAAGGGUUCAAGGUUGUGCUAUUUUCCAAUAAAAUAUAAAUAAAUCAAGGUCCACCUCAUUUUGCAUGUAUGAAGAAAGCCUUCAAAGAUUCAGAUAGUGUGUUUUAAGGAGAAACACAUAGACUGAAACGCUUGUUGAAUUGAUUCUGGAUGUUAAGAAAAGAUACGUAAAUUGAAACCAAUGUCAUUCAACACGUUAAAGGAAAAGUUUGGUAAGGUUUCAGUUCUAUAUCACUUUGCGUACAAGGAUAGAUACGUAAACAGAUACGGCACUUUUCAUAUUUAACGAAAGACAUACACACAUAUGUAUAUACAUAUAGAUUAAGAUCUAAGUUGAAUAGGUUAGUCAUGUUAAAAAGAAACUCGCAGAUUUAGACGACGUCGUUCAGCAUAUAAAGGAAAGAUGCAUGGAUUCAGAUCCAUGUUAAAUCAGCUCAGUUUAUAAAAGAAACAUACAUGUAUAUAUUAAGGAAGAAAAUUCAUAAUUUCAAUUCUAUGUCAUUCUACCUAGUAAGAAAUGACGAGUAAAUUCAGAUCCAUAGUGGAUUUUUUCUACUUAUUCAGACAAAAUAUGAAGAUUCAGAUCCAUGAUGAAUUUAUUCUAGUUAUUAAGGAAAGAUACGUAGAUUCAGAUCCAUGAUGAAUUUAUUCUAGUUAUUAAGGAAAGAUACGUAGAUUCAGAUCUAUGAUGAAUUUAUUCUAGUUAUUAAGGAAAGAUACGUAGAUUCAGAUCCAUGAUGAAUUUAUUCUAGUUAUUAAGGAAAGAUACGUAGAUUCAGAUCUAUGAUGAAUUUAUUCUAGUUAUUAAGGAAAGAUACGUAGACUCAGAUCCAUGAUGAAUUUAUUCUAGUUAUUAAGGAAAGAUACGUAUAUUCAGAUCCAUGUCACCUCUAUUCUGCACAUUAAGGAAACUAUCAAAGAGAGAGAUCCACAUCUUUAUUCAUAUUAAGGAAUAUAUACCCAUAUAUUGAUUCAGAUCCACGAUGGAUCUAUUUUGCAUAGUAAGAAAAAGAUAUAAAUUCUGAAGAAUAUCAUUCCGUUUAUUAAAAAAGGAUAACUUGGUUCAAAUCUAUGUUGAAUUAGUUAUUUAUAUUAAAUAAAUAUAACGUGGUUAUGCUUAUUCAAAACCCGUCUUUAGUAUCAGAUCCAAGCUGAAUUUCUUCUGUAUCUUAAGGGAAGAUACCUAGAUUCAGAUCCAUGGUCGGUUUGUUCUACAUAUUAAGGGAAGAUGCCUAGAUUCAGAUCCAUGGUCGGUUUGUUCUACAUAUUAAGGGAAGAUGCCUAGAUCUGGAUCCAUGGUCGGUUUGUUCUACAUAUUAAGGAAAGAUGCCUAGAUUUGGAUCCAAGUUCGGUUUGUUCUACAUAUUAAGGAGAGAUACCUAGAUUUAGAUCCACGUUGAAUUUGCUCUACAUGUUAAGGAAAGUUAAUUAUAUACAGCAUAUGCUCAGCAUAUUAAGUACAUACACAGACUUAGAUCCACGUUGAAUUUGCUCUAUAUGUCAAGAAAAGUUGAUUACAUACAGUAUAUGCUCAGCAUUUUAAGAAAUGUAUAUAUAUUUGUAUCAAUUAUAAUUUGUAAUAUGUAUUUGAGAAAAUAUACUUAGAUUUAUAACCAUUUGGAAUUUGUGCAGCAAAGAAGCUUGAAACGUGCACUAAGUCCAUGGCUGAUUGUUUUUGUAGACUUAAAGAAAUACAUGGAUCAGACAUUUUAUUUGGAAACGUUAUUGCCGUAGUUUCAUGGUGUAAGAUAUUUUAAGACUAAUAUAUAAAUCUAAUUCAAGGCUGUCUUGUUAUUCUUAUAAAAAAUUACAGAUAUCCAAACUAAGGCUGUUACAAAUACAUACAGUAAUCUAAAUCAAUAUUGCUUUUCUCAUUUUAGGAAAUACUCAUAAAACUCACAUCUACAAGAUGUUCUGUAAGAUGAAACCGAGAAAAAAAGCUACUCUGAAUUUGUAGGGACAAUUUGUAGAUCCAAGUAAAACAAAAUCUGUACAUUCAUAAGAAUAGCUUAAUUCAGAUCAAACGAGAUCGAAAGGAUAGAGGAAAUAUGGAGGUUCAGGCAUAUGAAAAUUAGUUAUAUAUAUAUAUAUUGAGAAACAAGAUAAAUUCAAAAUAUACUAAUUUUAUACUUUUGCGAAAUCUAUAUAGAUUCAUGUGAUAUUAAUUCUAUUUAAUAAGAAACACUAUGUAGAUUCAGGUAAAACAGUCUGUAUAGAUUCAGGUUAAAGUAGAUCUGUACAUCUAGAACCAUAAAUUGAUCUAUGUUAAUUUAAUUCUUUACGUUUGGUAAACAUACAUCUAUCCAUGUUUUGUGGAAGUGUCUAUAUCUAGAAAAACCUGCUUCUGUAUAUUUAGGGCAAAUACUUACAACCAUUUAAACUAAUUCUGUUUAAUAAAUAACAAGUGUAAUUAUAUUAAAUUAGUUAUCCUCAGUUAGGAAUAUUCUAUAGAUCUACGUUAAACAUUUAGUAAAACAAAUUAUAGAUGGUUAAUCUUGUACUGUACAUUUUUGAAUAAUACAUAGAAUCAGAUUAGAGUACUUACAAAACUAGGAGGCUAUUCAUUAUGUGAGAAAACUUCUUAGGUUAUUUUGUGUAUUUAGUUUAGAAAAUAAGACACAGAUCCAAUAAGAUCUUAUAUUUAGAAACAAUGUAAGAUGUUCGGUACACUAAUGAAAGAUGUAUGUUAGGUCCAGCUUGCACUCCAUAUUUAUUGGAAAGAAAUGCUUAGAAGAAGGACUUCUUGGUUGUUGAUGUAGCAUAUGAUUGAGGCGAUCUACGCUUUAAACAGUUGUUUUAAAGUUGACAUGUGGAUCUUAUGACAUAUUUACCUGCUACAUAAAAUAACAUUGUUAGAAGUAAUAGAUUCAAGUAAAGCUCAAACAGUUUGACCUAUCACCCUGUACAGAAUGACCCUUUUUAAUAUUAUGCUGAUUAUUUCUAGGUGUAAAUGCUAUUCUUUUAGAUCUUUUACGAUUACUUCAUUUAACUGUUGUUGUUUUUGUCAUACAUAAGACUUACGAUCCAUUUUUAUAUAAAAGGCACCUAAGGAUUUCACAUAUUCUAGAGAUAUUAUUGUCUAACUAACAAAUAAUUUAAAAUAUUUUUACCAGAAGACAGUAGAACCGGUUUGCCUGUCUAAACAAUAUGCUCUAUGGUUUGUUGAUUCAGGUAGAAAUGUGAUAACUUAUUUAUGUUUCAUUGUCUAAUGUUGGUUAAACUGUCUUCAACAAUUAGCUACGUGGAAUUUAGUAGUAAUUCUUAUUUAGUGAAAAUACAAUUUUAUUUCAUAAAGGGAUAAACUUUUAAUCCUGUUGUACUUUUAUUUCAAAAGUAACAGCAACAUGUAGUUGUGUCUGUUAAGGUUAGUAAUAUUAUUUGAGCAACAGUGCUCUUUGCAUUAACGUGUUAAUAAAUGACAAUAGAAAAGAAAAACAUAAAACAAAAAAGUCUUUAAUUGGGUUUAUUUCUUCAAAGAAAUGUAAUAUUUUUGUAAUAUCUUUCAGCGUUUUAUCUAUAUAAAUUGUUACGGAAAAGUCAUGUUAUUUAACAGGUUGAAAAAAAUGUAGUCGUCAAACAGUGGCCAUAUCUGUCAUGUUAUUUACAAUGUAUGUAUAUAUAUACAGUUGUGUUGUGCAAGGUAUAUUCUGUUAACUAAACAGGUGAUUUGUAUGAAACAAAUUAAAUGUAUUAUUGAGGUCCUAGCAAA